UAUCUCAUAUCCUAGACACGAAAACACAAAAUACAGUCUUUACAGUUUCAAGAAAAUCAGUCCCCCUGUAACUUUAUUCUUUACCUAGAGAGAGAGAACCAAGAUUUCAGUCAGAUUUCAGAGAGAGAGAGAGAGAGAGAGAGAUAGAAGGAACCCAUCAUAUUUCCUCAAGAUUUCACUGCAUAUUUCCUCGUUACCCAACACUUAUCUGAUAACGUGAUGAAAAGCUGAGAGAGAGAGAGAGAGAGAGACAGAGAAAGAUUGAUUUUGGGGGAGUUAGCGAAUCUGUGCAUGUUGCGUAGUGUAAAUCUUUAAAGCGCAAUCCGGCUUACGUUAGCCCCACGCUGCUGCCACAAGAUUUUGUUCCCCUUCCCAUAAUCGCCCACUGGUUCUCUCCGCCGGUGUGCGCACUUUCCUUAUCCUUCACCGCCAUCAAUUUCCCCCCUCUAUAAAAAAAAACACUCAUCCGAUCUCAAAUUUAUAACCGCAGCGAAAAACAAGUAAACCAUAUUAUGGCCAGUAGAUUUCUUUUAACGCUUGCUAUAUGCCGAUUGAUAGUGACCGUCGGGUUGACGUUGAACCCGACGGAGCUGCUCCGGCUCGUUGUUGACGGUCAGCUUACCGUCGAUCCCUCCCACGUCGAAUCAGCUUCUCGCGAUUUCGGCGGACUGCACCGGGUCGAGCCGUUGGCGGUUCUCCGCCCGGCUUCGGCCGACGACGUAGCCAGGCUCGUUCGAGCGGCUUACCAGUCGGCUGAGGGGUUCACGGUCUCGGCCAGAGGCCACGGGCAUUCGAUUAACGGGCAGUCUCAGACAUCCAAUGGUGUGGUGAUAGACAUGAGCGGCGGCGGCGGCUCAGGAGGCACGCGGCGGAUCAAGCCGGCCGGGCCUAGGGUUUCGGAGAAGGAGAGGUACGUGGACGCGUGGGGCGGGGAGCUAUGGAUAGAUGUGCUGAGGCGCACGCUGGAGCAUGGACUCGCACCCCUGUCGUGGACCGAUUACUUGUACCUUUCGGUGGGUGGUACCUUAUCAAAUGCUGGGAUCAGUGGUCAAGCUUUUAAUCAUGGCCCUCAGAUUAGCAAUGUGCAUGAGGUUGAUGUUGUCACAGGGAAGGGUGAGCUCUUGACAUGUUCAGAGGAACAAAACGCAGAACUCUUCCAUGCUGUUCUUGGUGGGCUAGGUCAAUUUGGGAUAAUUACUAGGGCUAGAAUUGCUCUUGAGCCUGCUCCAAAAAUGGUGAGAUGGAUCCGAGUGCUGUAUUCGAAUUUCUCGGAUUUUACACACGACCAAGAAUACCUCAUCUCCCUCCACGGGAAACCGGCGUCAAAGAAAUUCGACUACGUGGAGGGUUCUGUUAUUGUGGACAAAGGACUUGUAAACAACUGGCGCUCGUCGUUUUUCUCUCCUAGUAACCCGGUUAAGAUCUCGUCACUUGGUGCUGCCAAUGGUGGUGUUUUGUAUUGCUUGGAAAUUACCAGGAACUACGACGAAUCGAGCGCCGGUUCUCUCGAUCAGGAAGUGGAGUCUCUCAUGGGAAAGCUGAACUUCAUACCGGCGUCAGUGUUCACCACUGACGUGCCUUACAUAGAUUUCUUGGACCGGGUUCACACGGCGGAGUUGAAGCUCCGGUCCAAGGGCUUGUGGGAGGUGCCGCACCCGUGGCUGAACCUCUUCGUACCGAAAUCAAGAAUUGCUGACUUCGAUAGAGGGGUUUUCAAGGGUAUUUUGGGCAAAAAGACAAGUGGGCCUAUUCUCAUCUACCCCAUGAACAAAAACAAGUGGGAUGAGAGGAGUUCAGUGGUAACGCCGGAAGAGGACGUGUUUUACCUGGUGGCGCUCCUGAGGUCAGCAUUGGAUACAGGGGACGAGACGCAGACGCUGGAGCAUCUGAGCAAUCAGAACCGUCAAAUUUUAAGGUUCUGUCGCGAUGCGCAAAUGAACGUCAAGCAGUACUUGCCCCACUACACCACGCAAUCAGAGUGGGUGGACCACUUUGGGCGGGACAAAUGGGCCCUCUUCCAGCAAAGGAAGGCGGAGUUCGACCCUAAACGUAUUUUAGCAACCGGCCAGCGCAUUUUCAGCCCCUCUUUUGCUUCUUCCACGGCUUUCUCGUGGUGAUAUAAGAAAAAAUAGAUAGGAGCACUUAUUAUUUUGUAAAUAUAGAAAAAAGAAAAUCUAUUCUAAUAUAUAAAGGGGGAGCACCACGUUAUUGUCGCCCCCGCCCAUGUCAUGUA